AUGCCACGCGAUCUUAUUACUCUGCAGCUUGGACAAUGUGGAAAUCAAAUUGGAAUGGAAUUUUGGAAACAGCUCUGUGCUGAGCAUGGUAUCAGUCCCGAAGGUGAAUUAGAGGAUUUUGCUACCAAUGGAAUGGACCGGAAGGAUGUAUUCUUUUAUCAAGCAGACGAUGCUCACUAUAUUCCUCGAGCAGUUUUAGUUGAUCUCGAACCUCGUGUCAUUAAUACGAUUCUCACUUCUCCUUAUGCCCGUCUUUACAAUCGAGAAAAUGUCUAUAUGUCGAAGAAUGGAGGUGGUGCUGGUAAUAACUGGGGCGCAGGCUAUACCCAAGCAGAAAAACUCCAGGAGGAGCUUUUUGAUAUUAUUGACCGAGAAGCUGAGGGAAGUGAUAGCCUUGAGGGUUUCAUAAUGACCCACUCUAUUGCUGGUGGUACUGGCUCUGGAAUGGGAUCUUUUAUGCUUGAGCAUCUCAACUCUCAUUUUCCCAAAAAGCUCAUCCAAACCUACUCAGUUUUUCCAAACUUGGAAGAUACAAGUGAUGUCGUUGUACAGCCUUACAAUUCCCUUCUCACUCUUAAGAGACUUACACUUAAUGCUGAUUGUGUUGUAGUUCUGGACAAUACUGCUCUUCACAGAAUCGCUACAGAUCGAUUGAGGUUGGAGAAUCCCACGUUUGCUCAAAUUAACCAGCUUGUUUCAAAAGUCAUGUCAGUGAGUACAGCGACUCUCCGUUAUCCCAGCUACAUGCAUAAUGAUUUGGUCGGAUUAAUUUCUCCCCUCACCCCAACUCCACGACUUCAUUUCCUAAUGACAGGCUACACACCCCUUGAGACGGAGAAAGAAGUGGCCGAAGUGCGAAGAACAACGGUCUGUGAUGUGAUGCGCCGACUCCUCCAACCCAAAAACAUGAUGGUUUCCACUGCAGCUGAACGUAAUAAUCGCACUGAUCACUGUUACAUUGCCAUUCUCAAUAUAAUUCAAGGUGAGGUGGACCCAGCAGAGGUGCACAAGUCGCUUCAGCGAAUUCGAGAACGUCAUCUGGUCAAGUUCAUUCCCUGGAAUCCCUGUAGCAUCCAAGUGGCCCUCUCACGUCGGUCACCCUACUUGCAGGCCUCCCAUCGUGUCAGCGGUCUUAUGCUUGCCAAUCACACUUCAAUCUCGUCUCUAUUUUUGCGUGGAUUGACACAGUACGACAAGUUGCGUACUCGUGGAGCCUUUCUUGAGCAAUUCCGAAAGGAAGAGGUGUUCCGUGGCGAUCCAGAACUGCGUGAAUUCUCUGAGAGUCGACAAGUGGUUCAGCAGCUUAUUGAGGAGCAUACGGCAGCGACUAAACCGGACUACAUUCAGUGGGGUGCUCAGAAAGCGGCUGCUGCCGCAGCAACAGCUUCUGCAGCUGCUCUGGCCUCCUCCUCGGUCAUGUCUUAG